AUGAAGGAACCACUCGUUUUCGCGUACUAUUGCUCUGGGCAUGGCUAUGGCCAUGCGACACGGGUCUCCGCGUUCGCUCGCCACCUCCUUAACCUCGACUCUCGGAUGACAAUACAUAUUGUCUCGUCUGCUCCAAAGCAUGUUUUCAACGACAGCAUUAGUCUCGGGGUCCUCUAUCGUUUUGCCGAGAUUGACCCAGUCAUUGUACAACCCGUGGCAUAUCGAGUCGAUCGUCACAGGAGUGUUGAAGCCCUCAGGUCCUUUUUAGCACGCAAGGAAUCUCUUCUGGAGCAAGAACGACAGUGGCUCUUCGACGUAGAGGCCGACUGUGUUCUUAGCGAUGCUGCCUUCCUUGGAUGUCUUGCCGCAAAUGCCACGGGGUUGCCUUCCAUCCUCAUAUCAAAUUUCACAUUCGACUCUGUAUACAGCUUCCUUUCAACAAAAUUUGUAGACCAAGUCGAUUCACCUCUAGGAGACGAACUUUCGAUUGGUCACCACACUCCGGAUUAUCCAAUCUCAGACGAAGAGCUAAAACCCUUGGUUCAACAAAUAUAUUAUGGUUACCGCUGCGCGGACCUUCUUGUUCGACUUCCUGGAUGUAUACCUAUUCCAUCGUUCUCAACUUCCCCGUCGUUACCCGCGCCGCGCUGGACUAACCAGGGCAGCAACACACUCCUAGAUGAUGUUGUAGCUCAUCUUGUUCAGAAACCCUCUACACACGUACUCCAUUCUUCGAUACCUUUCGCCGACUCACACCCUAAGAAACCGUUUGCUCGUAGCAUCAUCCAAGCUCCCCUUCUCGUUCGUGGUAUUAGCAAGGGGCCAAACACAGUUUACUCCCCCAUUGGUCGAUCCCGAUUUCUUUCGUCGCUUGGUGUCCCUGAGCACCUACAUAAUCCAGAUGAGACGAAGAUUCUAAUAGUUUCAUUUGGCGGACAGGUCUUCCAGAAGCCAACUUCUAGUCGCGGGAGCAGCACAGGUCACUCAAGUCCACGAUGCAAAACACCUCAAAUUGAUCCUCCUGCGGAGCUACGGCAGAUCCCUGAUAGCCCGCGAACAUCAAAGAUCCGUCCUUGCAGUGACGCUCUCAGCAAAAUGGACACGCCAUACGGCGCCCCUCCGGUCAUCAAGCCUGAGCCUAGCCAUAUGUCAUGCGCGAUGUUGACCAAAACAGAGUUUUGUAUCAAAAAUAACAUCACCCGUUCAUAUUUGGAUACUCUUGUUCCUUCCGCUUCGGACAUAAUGCUCGAUCACGUUGUAGAUGACUUUGAUACACGGCUGCUACCAGACUCGUCUUGGAUCGCAAUUGUGUGUGGAGUAUCAAAAUGGGGGCAGGAUGGGUCAGACGAAAAGCCUCCGGACAGGUUUUUUAUGGCCCCGAAAUACGUCUACAUGCCCGAUCUGACAGCUGUCGCAGACGUUCUGCUCGGCAAACUAGGAUAUGGGACAGUUUCGGAAUGCGUCGAUGCUUGCACGCCUUUCGUUUAUGUCGCACGUCCACUUUUUGUGGAAGAGCAUGGCUUGAAGCUGCUGCUCGCACGGGAAGGAGUUGGAAUCGAACUCCCUCGAGUGUCAUAUGAAGCUGGCGACUGGGCUUCUGCUGUGGAGGAAGCAUGGUCGCUGGGCCGCAAUGCGAAAGCGGAAAUGCGUAGGAAAGCUAGGUUAGGUGUUGAUAUGAAUAAGCGAGACAAAGAGGGCGCGUUACUUGCGGGGCAAGUGACGGAUUGGGUCAGGACUUGGCACGAUUCGAUAAUCCGAUGA